GCGGGAAGGCUGCAGUGCUGGUGCAGAAGUCAAGGGUGGUGGCAAAGGACCAAAAGGAAGCGCAGAAAGGCUCUGUACCGGGGCACCCCUUCUUGGCUCCCCAGUAUCUGAGCUCCCAGAACACAGGAGCCUAGCAACAUGGCAGCCACAGACUUGGUGGAAGAGAUUCGCUCUGUGGGUGAGAGGCUGCUGCUGAAGCUUCAGGGGCUGCCCCAGGCCGAGCCCGCGGAGCUGCUGGCCUUCUCUAUCAUCGCUCUUUUCACAGCCACGGUCCUGCUACUGCUGCUGAUAGCCUGCAGCUGCUGCUGUGUGCACUGCUGCUGCCCCGAGAGGAGAGAAAGGAGGAUCCCCGUGCGGCCCAUAAAACCUAGAUGAGGGACAACAGCGAUGCCCGGAGAAGCGGACAGGAACCUUCCAGAGCUGUGACACAGGCGACCAUCCUGGCCACUUCACUCCUCCAGACAGAUCACCUGGGCUCAGUUCUAGCACUGUCCAGGUGACAGAAGACGCCUGGAGACUUAUCAAGGAAACCUGUGCUGCUCAAGCUGCCAGUGGACACCAGUGCUUGGGAGGAGCCACUGCUUCCGAGACUCAGGAGACCACCUAGGUCUUCUGCUACUGCUAAGCUGUACCCUUAGGGGCCCCACACUCUGAACAGCUCCUAGUCUUGGGGAGCUGGCCCUUGGGGCUCUGCUGAUUUAUGCCAAAGAGAGGUCAACUAAUCGGGAACUUUGUGCAAUUUACUAGACUUCAAGCCUUCUGCUGAGGAGGAGGAGAACAUGUCAGUAUUCUACCUGAAAUUUGCUUACUUCCAAGUAAAAGCUUUUUUGGUUA